GAGGAAAAACCCGAAAGCUACCCGAACGGACCGAUCUGCAUCUAUGAAUCAGGCGUCGACCUUUUCCUGGAGCCUACGGCCGAGGUUGCGGGCCAAUACGACGUUGUGCUCAAUGUUGCGAGUGAAGUUAAAAACCCAUUCGAUGCGGCCCAGCCCGAACCGACCCAAAAGCUGGAAUAUAUCCACAUCCCAUGGGAACAUAACACCGACAUUGUUCCUGACCUUUACCGUCUAGUACGCGUGAUCGACGCUCGUGUGCAGGCCCGAAAACGAGUCCUGAUCCACUGCCAAUGCGGGGUAUCACGUUCGGCUUCACUCAUUGUGGCGUAUGGUCUUUAUAAGAAUCCACACCUUUCUGUACAAGAGGCUUAUGACGCGGUCAAAAAGCGAUCGAAGUGGAUCGGCCCCAACAUGAACCUGAUCAUGCAACUUCAAGAAUUCCGCUCUGGCUUACUCAAG